AUCCAACUCCACUCUUCACUCCAACAAAAUGGGAACUUCCAAUUCUCACAUACCCCAACUUCUGCUGGGGCUACUACUCAGCCCUCUACUGGUGUCUUCACAAUUUCAUAAUGUUUUCACACAGGACCCUUCUUCCUCCCCUUUUCCACCCAACUUCUUCUUCGGAACGACUUCCUCUGCUUAUCAGUAUGAAGGGGCUUUCUUAAGUGAUGGUAAAUCACUCAACACCUGGGAUGUUUACUCACAUAAACCAGGAACCAUUUGUGAUGGAAGCACCGCAGAUGUAAGUGUUGAUCAGUACCAUCUCUAUCAGGGAGAUGCGGAACUGUUGGCCUCUCUUGGAAUCAAUGCGCACAAGAUUUCAAUCUCAUGGUCUCGUGUUCUCCCAAGAGGUAGGCAUGGAAAUAUUAACUGGGAUGGAAUCCACUAUUACAAAAAUCUCAUAGACGUCCUCCUACUCAAUGGAGUCGAACCGUUCGUAACAUUGAAUCAUUAUGAUCUCCCUCAAGAAUUCGAGGAUAGAUUCAAAGGAUGGCAGGGCUCUGAAAUUAAGGAAGAAUUUGAACAUCUUGCAGACGUGUGCUUUAAGAAUCUAGGCGACCGCGUUAAGUAUUGGGUUACCUUCAAUGAGCCAAAUGUAUUGGCUAGGAUGGGUUAUCUUUAUGGGCAGUGGCCACCCAAUCGGUGUACCAUAGCAGCGAAGGAAGAAGGUUGUACUGAAAUAGUUCCUGAAAAAGAAAUAUUUAUUGUAGGGCACAAUAUGAUCUUAUCCCAUGCUUCAGCUGUCAACAUUUACAGAAAGAAUUACCAGAUAACUUUCCAUUUAAGGAAAUGGGAACUUAAAUUAGGGACAUCCAAAUAAGGAAAGUAGGAACUUCUUUCGAGGACGGAGGGAGUAGAUAAUAGAUGCAUAUGUUAUAUAUAGAGCCAAUUGAAUAAAAACAAGAGUGACAAGAUAUUAGUAUCAUAUAUACUUCGGAUAUGCCACUACAUCUGUUAUAGCAACUUCCAGCUCAGGCCUCGUCUAUUUCACCCACAAAGGAUGAACUUCACACACUAGGAUCACAAGAAGAAGAAGAAAGGGGCGUCAGCCAGCGGGCUAUUUCCGGCCAAUUCACCUAGGGUUCCACAGAGGAUGUAAGUGUGCGAAUCAAAGAGGAAGGGAUUCGACCAGCCACUUCAAUCGGUCAUAGAAGAGAGGUUUAAAUAGGGAAGGAAGGAUACGCAGGAAGAGGGAAAGCCGAUCGGAAGAACAGACCAAAAGGGGGGGGGGGCUGAGUAAAGCCAAGUACGGACUUGUUACUCUCGAGACCGCCACGUACAACUGUCCAUGCGUAAAAACAGACCGACUGAGGAAGAUGGCAACCUUUUCCAAUGACUGUCUCUGGCUCUUAUUAAUGAUCAUUGCAUAGCUAACCAUUAACAGAAAUUGUCUACGCUGAAAAGUGAAUGGGAGACUAAUGCCCGAUGGUGUCAAAGUAAGGCAGGGAAUAAAAAACUUUUCGCCGGCAUUUUCUCCGUGCAUCAUAUGAGCCUCAAUAAUAUGAGUUCCAAGUUUAGUGUCCAGAAGCCGUGUGCCAUUGCACAAUCUAGAUAAGUGAUCUAUAUUCCUCAUAAGCAUCACAGGAACUCCAAUUUUAAGCUUCAGCUCAUGACUUGGCAAGCCAGAACACUUGAUGCUAUUAAGAAAUUUAGGAGAAUGUAUCUCAUGCAAGAUAUCAUUACUAUCUGAGUCAGAUGAAGAAGCAGAAUCUGAGCUUAGGAAAAGCAAGAAGGGCAGAUAGGAAUUGCAAUGGACUUUUACUGGUAUGAACCGAUGAGCAACUCCACACUGGACAAGGCAGCAGCUGAGAGAGCUCAGUCCUUCUUCUCAAACUGGUACAUGGAUCCAAUCAUCUAUGGAACAUAUCCUAAAGAAAUGAAGGACCUUUUGGGGCCACUAUUACCUGAGUUUUCAAAAUCUGAUAUGCAAAAGUUGGGAAAUGGGUUGGAUUUUAUAGGCAUCAACCAUUACACUACCAUCUACGCCCAAGAUUGCUUGUUUUCUACGUGUGAUCCGCCUAUGAAAGGCAACAACAAAGCAGAAGGCUUUGCGGGGGUGACUAUGUCAAAGAAUGGUGUCCCCAUUGGGGAAUUGACAGGGUUGCCUGAUAUGGCUAAUACUCCAUGGGGAAUGGAGAAUAUUAUAACUUACGUCACAAAGAGAUACCCAAAUUUUCCACUUUAUAUAACUGAAAAUGGGUAUUGUGACACAACUUCAAACCCUAGUAUUGAAGAAAUGAUGAAUGAUACAAAACGGAUCAACUAUACGGAAGGUUAUCUUGAUGCCAUAGGAGCUGUCAUCAGGAAAGGUGCAGAUGUGAGGGGGUAUUUUCUUUGGUCAUUGAUGGAUAACUUUGAAUGGGCUUUCGGAUUUUCAAAAUUUAUGGGGCUAUAUCAAGUUGAUCGUGUCACUCUCAAGAGAACUCCGAAAUUAUCAGCAAAUUGGUACAAAAAUUUUAUUGAGAAACACCGAAGAAUUGGAAGCAAAAUGAUGAAGACAAGUGAGUGAUGUGUGUGUUCAAGUAGACUAGCUUGUAUGUAAGUAUGUAACCAUUAAGUUGCUUUUUUGUUCUUUAUGAGGAAAAUAAUAUUGAGUACAUGUUUCGUAAUAAAUUGAGAGUAUGUCUAACGCUCUCAGUUCCACUUUUCUAAUUAACAUUAUAUUAUGGAAUAUAUUUUGAUGGAGUAUAUGGCCCAGGGACCCCCGGCCCAUAGACUCCUACUUCUCCCACACCGGCCCACCGAGCCCAAGGAGCAUUCGAGGCCCAAAUACAGCGACCCAAGUCUCAAAGAAGCCCAAAAUACACACUGGGGUGCCUUCGGCCUCCUUGGCCGAAGGCUCCAAAAUACACAGGGAGCCAGAUUCGAGUGUACGAAGCUACUGGGAGAAAACGGCAUAAAACAGUAGCCCUCGGCUACCAGGAGCCUUCGGCACACACAUGGUGCCUUCGGCUACGCAAAGCCUUCGUCAGGAAAGCCUACGGCACUCCCAUGCCUUCGGCUAUACAAAGCCCUCGGUCGAAGGGGAAGCCUUCGCCCAACAACUCAAUCAUCGAAGAUUCCCUUUGGAGACAAGCAACCACCGCAUUUAUUGCGACGUCACAUCCACCCACCGCAUUCAAUGCGGUGCACAUGCGAUUGCCAGUGCCACCCGAUUGAGGUGACCCCUCGGCCGUUGGAUUAUCGCCACGUGUACUCUUAUCGCAUUUAUUACUACUAUAAAUAGCAUCCCCUUUCCCCGUUGUAAAGGGGACCAGAACAUCUCGAGUUCAUAAAUAAUAAUCUCCUCUCUCUCCUACUUGUCUGCUCUGAUUUCUCUCUAGGUUAUUCCGUAAUAACCCCUUGGAUAGGCUACCCCCCGGGUACACCCUCCAUCAUAUUUAUUUAAAUUUGUUAAAGCCUUAUUUGUUAGAAAACAAUUUGUAGAUCAUAUCAAAGACUAAAAAGUUUUUCUGUU